CGGCCACUCCAGGACCACGGCACGUGCAGCACGAGCGUGGCGACGGCUCCGGCGACCACCGGCACGGAAAAUCCGGCGGCCAGAGUAUCGGCAAUCCUACUUCCUGCCUAGGCUACACUUGCUUCAUUUAUAAUGGAAGUCGAUGAUGAUGUGGAGGAUGAUGACAUGGAUUUCAACCCUUUCCUAAGGGAGGGAUCACCAUCGGAGACCUCUUCAAGCCUCACCUCAGAGGCAGAAUGCGAGGAAACUAGCUUCGAAAAUCAACAAGGCACUGAGGUGUAUCCUCGCCAUAAUCCUGAUAAUGAAAACACAGGUGAUUGUGCACUCCUGCAAAAAGAAGUCGCAGCUGAAGGUUCCUACGAAGAAAAUGUUCCAGAAGGUACUUCUGCCCAGUAUUGUGAGAAUGGAGAAGGUCAUGUUAAUAGACUGGGAAAGGAACCUGUACAGACCGAAGCUCCCUUGCCUCCAUCAGCACAGAAUUCUCAUCCCCUGUCGCCUGAAGCUAGCGAGGAAGAUGCAAUUUGCAGGCGCACACGAGCAAGAUACUCUCUGGCAAAUUACGCACUCGAUGAAUUAGAGACCUUUCUCCAGGAAUCGGACGAUGAUGGUGACCUGCAGAAUGUUGAUGAGGAAGAGGAAUACCGCAAGUUUCUUGCAGCUGUUCUAUCUGGUGGAGGUGAUGACACACAGGUUUGCCAGGGGGAUGAAACACAGGAUGAAGAUGAGAAUGAUGCAGACUUUGAGCUCGAAAUUGAGGAGGCCCUAGAAAGCGAUGGUGAUGAUAAUGUUGAGAACUAUCAAAGCAUAAAUGGUAGGAAUAAUACCGAUGACAAUAGGCCUCAGACUAGGAAGAGUAGACCUGAGUUGUCUAGGGCAUUUAAAGGAUCAACUAAAUCUAAUUUACGACCGAUUCUGCCAAAUGUCUCAUCUGCGCUCCUGGCUCCUUUGAAUGCUUCUGGAUGGCGGUAUCCAGCCCAGAACAUCAAUGUCCGUUCCUCCUCCUCAUCAUUAAAUGGUGCUGCUGUAGUGAAUGGAUUUACCGUUGAGCAACUGGGCCAAUUGCAUACGUUGAUAUAUGAACAUGUUCAGCUCAUGAUCCAAACAUUUUCUCUAUGUGUUCUCGACCCAUCUAAACAGCGUGUCGCUGUUGAUGUUAAAAAAAUGAUAGUUGAGUUGGUUGGCUUCCGUGAUCAAGCAUUGGCUAGGAGAGCAGCCAAUGGAUUCCCUAUCAAUCAAAGAUUCUAUUUUGAACGGCAGCAUCUCCAGUCAGCACUUAGUCAUUCUUCUUCUGAGAGCUCACAAUGCCAAUGGAUUCCGUCAAUUAAGAAUCCUAUUAUGUCCAUUCUUGAUGUAUCACCACUUCAUUCUGCCCCCAGUUAUUUAAGUGAUGUUGCAGCUGCUGUUGUGAAGUAUAGAAGAAGCCAUACGGAUGGCACUGCAGAUAAAACCAGCUUUAGGAAAGAGCCUCUUUUUCCGUCUCCGGUACUUGUCACUGGCAAUGAUGCUAACAAUGCUUCUCAAGAUGGAUCAAAUAACGACUCCACAGCAUCUCCAGCUUCACCUGGGCAGUUACAGCCCAAGAAAUCAUUAGCUGCUACCCUUGUUGAGAGUACUAAAAAGGAGUCGGUUGCUCUUGUUCCAUCUGAUAUUGCAAGAUUGACGCAGAGAUUUUAUGCCCUUUUCAAUUUUUCACUGUUUCCUCAUAAGCCACCUCCUGUAGCUAGGGUCAAUCAAGUGCUUUUCACUGAUGCAGAGGAUGGAUUGUUAGCUCUAGGACUUCUGGAAUACAAUAAUGACUGGGCCGCGAUACAGAGGCGUUUUCUUCCUUGCAAAUCAGCGCAUCAGAUAUUUGUGAGGCAAAAGAACCGCAGUUCAUCCAAAGCUCCUGAUAAUCCAAUCAAGGAUGUGCGCCGCAUGAAGACUUCUCCAUUGAGUACUGAGGAGAUACAGCGUAUCGAAGAGGGGAUCAAGAUAUUCAGAACUGAUUGGACAUCUAUUUGGAAGUUCGUUCUGCCAUAUAGAGAUCCUACACUGCUCCAGCGUCAGUGGAGAGUUGCCACUGGAAUCCAGCGAUCUUACAGUAAAAGUGACGCCUUAAAAGAAAAAAGGAGAUCAUAUGAAGCAAAGAGGAGGAAAUUAAGAGCUUCAGUGCCUGAUUCACAAGUUCGUGAGCAGGAGGCUGAUGAUGAUGCUUCUGAGGGUGUUGAAAAUGAUGAUGAUUCAUAUGUCAAUGAAGCAUUUUUAGCAGACACAGAGAACAGGAGCAUCAAUAUGAUGCAGAUGAGCACCAGCGCUGAUGACGAAUGUGGUGCAGGACAUGGCUGCUUUGAGCAGCAUAACAGAAACAGGAUGAAGCAUGGUGUUAGCACCUCAUAUGCACCUUUUAGCUCUUACACUUCUCUUGGCCCUUCAACUAAGAGGGGGUUUCAUGGCACUUCGGGUAAAGAGAAAGGUAGCCAUGUGGUCAAGUUGGCUCCAGAUUUGCCCGCGAUAAACCUUCCUCCUUCGGUCCGUGUGAUAUCUCAGAUGGAAUUUCAUCAGAACGCAGCACAUUUAAUUGUCACCGCAGAUAAUGCAGCGAAGGAUAUUUAUACACAGCUAAACCUUUUCCCCGAUCAUAGUGGUAGUGAUAGAUUACAGCAAGAUGGUGCUGAGCAAGAUUUUCCGAUGCAUCCAUUGCUUUUUCAGCAUCCUCGAGAAGUGCAUUCGUCAUAUAGUCAUCCUGUUGAAAAUCUUAAUCAGCAGACUACUGAUGGCGUGGCAGGGGAUCCUGUGAAUGCUAAUACUAUCGAGUUCCAUCCUCUACUGCAAAGAACUGAAGGUGAGAUGCAUGGGGAAGCGUCCACAAGCCGUUGCGAGAGGGAGAACAUUAUUGAUUUGCAAGCAUCGACAAGCGCUUGUGAGAGGGAAAGCAAUAUUGACUUGGACAUUCAUUUGUGUUCCUCAAUGGAUUUCAGAAAUGCAGAGGACAUUAGAAGGACUGUCAGUAAAUUCAGCAUUCAGCCAGAAGGGUCUAUAAUAGCUAGUAUUUCAAAUCUAGAGCCUAUAAAUGCUUUUCAUCAUAAUGUUGAAGAGCCCGGCGGAGGAGCAAUGCAAGGCAUUGUGAUGGAGCAAGAAGAAUUAACUGAUUCAGAGGAAGAUGUCCAGCAUGUGGAGUUUGAAUGUGAAGAAAUGGAUGAUUCUGAAGAGGAGCAAGUUCAGGAUGCAGAACCCUGUUCGACUGAAAAUAAGGGAACUUCAACAUCAUUUGUUUGUUCAGAGUUACAAGAAAGUAAUGAUCAGUGUCAAAUUGAACAAGGAUUAGAGCAGGUGGUUGAACAGGUUGCGAGUCCAACAUAUAAAUCACAUGAGUCAGGCAGAGGAAAGUUGAAGCCGCAGCGUGCAAGGCGCACGGGAUCUAGAACAACGAGCCAACGGUUACCCACUCCUCGAACAAGUGAACCUAGCCGGACCAAGACCAAAACCAGAAGGGCAUCAGGAAGAGGCAGGUGCAAGGCCGUUGAUUCCAGGUCUAAAAAGAGCCCUGCCCCGAGUUAAAGGUCGUUCUACCCUUCCAUUUAUUUGCACUGGGUACCGCAUUGCUGCAUACACGAGAUGGUAAUGGCCGGACGGCUCACUGCAGUUUGAAAUUGCUGGGCUGAUUAGCCGCCAUUGAUGCAGCCAUGCUGCAGAUAGACCUAUCGUCAACUUUUCGUUGGCACAUAUCCCUUCUCAGAUGAUCACUUGAACAUGGCAACAGGAAGCAGAGCCUACGCUUGUCCAUGUCUGGAGCUGAGUAGAAAAACUGAAAUGUUGACGAUGUUGUACUGUGCUUUAGGACGUACAACAGUCCCUGAGAGAAUGAUGUGAGUGGCCGGCGCUGGUGCACCUGGGAUGGUGAGAGGUCUAUUCUUGGAUUCAAUUGUGUACAUGUAACAUGUAGCAUGAGCUAACGCUGAUAUAUAGCUGUCAAACAACAAAAGAGCUAUUGUUGUAUCAUGUAAAUGGAUCAAUGAUGCUGCCUUUUCAGUUUUUGCCUAUUUUUCUAGCUGGCCUUUAUCAAA